UCCACGCGCAACGCAUGUGUGUCAACGUGUGUCACUUAUUUAUCGCUACUUGGAUGACAUCGAUAUCCCCUAACGAACGUUCCAUUGAAAAACACGUCAGGUGAUCGUCUUGAAUCGGCGAACAAACUGCUCGGCCGACUCUUAUUCGCGGCCGAUUCGUUCCAAGACGCGUUCCUCCGCAAGAACAGCAGAAAUGUUCAAGCGUCGCGAUUUAUCCAAGUAGUAUUGAUCGAGCACAAAGUUUAUUUGUUUGUUCCAUCGAGCGUAAGAUUCCCCUUGCGCGAUUCUUUUUACGGGGGAGAAAGAAAACAAUAGAAACGAUAAAGAAAGCAGCGGAUUUUUCGUCGAAUUUCCGCGAGAACCGAGCCUUUUUCGCAGAGAACGAAGAAAGAAGAAAUGCGGUAACGAGAACGAGAGAUAAUGUUGGACGUGAGAAACAACAGGUGUCUGGGCACGUUGCCAUCCAAAGGUUUGUUAUGGAUCUGUCUGUUCGCAUGGACGAUCGCGUCGUGCCACGCGGACGACGUAAACUGUUGCCCCGAUGGCACCACGUGGUUGCAUUCGAUGAACUGUUCCAAUUCAACGAGGAUCCAGCUCGAAUGCCCUCAUGGCGCCUACGUGAUCGAUCCGGUUGAUUUCGUGGGCGACGACUUCACCGUCGUCACGGAGUACAACGUUUCCUGGCUCCAAUUCGUCAAACACGACGAGAGAAUACCGUCGGACAGGUUCUGCGUGACGAACCGCGAAAACAGUUCUCAGAUCGCUUUGGCGUGCUUCGAGAAUGAAUACUACAGCGAUUCCACGUCCACGGUAUGGAAGGAUUUGUUGUUGUGCUCUCUGGCAAUUGUAUCGGCUGUAUUUUUAAUCGCUACCCUGGCGGUGUACGUUAUACUACCGGAAUUAAGGGAGAUCCAGGAUAAAGCGAUGAUGGCUGUGGUUACGUCGCUGGCGGUCAGCUACAUCGUCCUUUCGAUACAGAAUUUGAGAACGCUGGAAAUAGGGGACGAAACGAUAUGUCUUGCUUUAGGAUUCCUUUUGUACUUCAGCUUCAUGGCGGUUUUCUUCUGGCUGAAUAUCGUGUCCUUCAAUAUAUGGAGAACAGUCUGGUUCAAGAACUUCAAGAUCAACGACAAAACUCUUUUCAUCAUCUACUGUCUCUUCGGUUGGGGCGGAUCGAUAUGUUUCUUGAUCACGGUAAUGGUCACCCAUUACAUACACGGUGAACAUCUGAAACCUGGUUUCGGGCUGUACAGUUGCUGGUUCAGCGGCCCCGAGCAACUAUGGGCGUACUUUUACGGACCGAUCGCUAUUUUGUUGACACUGAACGUAAUCUAUCUGGGAUUAACCGGAUGGCGGCUGUGGCAUCAGUAUCGCGAGUUCACCGGAAGCACCUUACGAGCGCUUCGAUUUAAAUGUCUGCUCUAUGUAAAGCUGAUAUUCGUCAUGGGCAUUACGUGGAUCUUCGAGGUGUUAUCGUACGCCGAAGGAUCUAGAAAUAAUCUUUGGAUCGCAACCGACACUCUGAACGCGUUGCAAGGUCUCAUAAUAUUCCUCUUGUUGGUCGUCACGCGUAAACGCGUCAGAAAACUGUUGGCGAAGAAGAGACCUUGCGGGAUCGCCUUUCCAAAAUCCUGGACCGCCUACGAGGACGAAGAGUGCGAAGAUGUGCUUCCCGAGGAAAUAGAAUUGUCGCAACACGGCUAGUAUUUAUAGUUUAUCGUCGUCACUAACCGAUACACGGCCGAUCAAAGAACUAUCCUUACUUAAACAAUUGUAGUCGGAAAAGGCGUGUAAGCGACAUCGUCAUUAGAAUUACCUGAAUACUCUUACCAUUUGCCUAGUCUUUACAAUCGUAAGUCGAAACGUCGAACCCUUCCGUGCUAUGAGAAUCGUUUGCUCAUAGUCUCGAACGAAUCAUCUUGACCAUAGAUUUUAAUGUUAACGUUUAAGAAUCUCCAUGAAUGUGAACAAGGUCCAGCAAAUAUCGUAUUUAUCCGCGCGACUACACGGAAAACAAUUUGGAAACGAAACAUCCGAUUGCAAACAUGAAUUUUUUACCGAAUAGUAACCUUAGUACAUAUAUCAAGAUCGUAUCUAUGGUUUAACAAUAUAAUUACACUAUUUUACUGAAAUAGUAAUAAUAGUAUUGUACCACUUACAUUACUUAUCAUCUGAAAUACCAAAUUAUUUUCCGUCUUAACUAAAAAAUUUGUUAUGCAGCGUGCGUCGACUCGACGCGCUUGCAAAACAACUCCGGCGAUUCAUCGAGAUGAUUUCGCAUAAUCGAGUUUCCCUCUCUAAAAUCUCGCGCGCACGUAGAUGCAUGUUUAUCGUGCCUAUCAGACUUGAGUCGAUAUCGUUAAGUCUCUUUGUUUAAUUCUCAAAAGAUCAAAUCGAAAAAUCGAUAAGAACUAAGCGUAUUUGCCAGAUUAUUAAAAUUCAUCGAAAAGAAUGGAAGUUUCCGUUUUAAAAAGUCGACCAAGGCUUCGUUCGAACCCAACAAUUUUUAUUUUAAAUAUCCUUGUCGAUAACGUCGAGUUCCCUGAAUAUUUUUAAUUUCUAUGCAAGUUGAAAUGGAUCGAGGAAUAAACGGUCGGAGAAUUCAGACGCGCAAAAUGUUGGAACGAAGCGACGAUGGGAAUUACUGGCCCGGAACUGUGCCUCUCGUUUGCGUAGGAACUGUUAUGGUGAUUAAACGAAGCACAAUGUGCGCGAGUAAUCGAGCACUCGGUUCAACGAAGAAGCGAGCAAACGAGAACAGUUUGAACAUGGAACAAUACUUUAACCGUCUAAUGUGCCCACGCUCCUUUAUGAGUAAUGCUCGCCACGAGCUUGCAACAGUCACACAAUAAUGAGAGUGCCUACCAUUGUUACAAUGCGGGGACUCUGUGUACGACGCUGAACGCGCGGAGAAACGUGAUCGAUACUUUAGUAAGUUGAACGUGUCGCGGUAAGAAACGCGGAAACUUUUUUAUGCGAAACACAACACACGCGUAAAGUGAACUAGUUCGCAAUACGGGGGGAGUUUAUUUUAAAUUUUAAAAUGAAUAUUUCAUACUUGUCGUUUAGAGGCGUGGAAUAUUUUUAACGAGACAAAACGAAAAUAUAUGUUUGUACCGUUGUUCAAUUAACGACGAUAAAACGUGUUUUAAAUCGUAACUUAUAAGCGACCAAUGAAUUUCAGAAU